AUGCUGAAACCUUUAAAGAAGCUGCGUACUUUGUCUGAAGAGUUGUGGAACAUGCUGAAGAACUCGAAGAAAGAAGCAGACAAGAAAGUGUCAGGGCUCAAUUGUGAAACUGAUGGUCCUUUGGAUGUAGAAGACAGCAUUUCCACUUUACACUUGCUUGCUGAUCCAAAGAAACAGAAUGAAUGCCCUUUAAGGGAUGCUGAGGACAACCCAGAGAAUGUAGAGUUCAGUUCAGGACAUAUAAAGCAGGAAAAGAGGGAUCUAGACUUCAUCUGUUGUACUGAGGAAGAUGAUCUGGACAAGCAUAAUGAUGAAGGGGAGGAAAACCAGUGGUGUAACAAUGCUGACGAUUAUGUAAAGGAAGAAGAAUGCAAUGAAGAUCUGCCUUUUAGCCUUUCAGAUGAAGAGCAUAAUAAUAUACAGGACGAUGAUUAUUUAAAAGAGGCAGAAAGAAUUGAUGAUCUUGUUAUUCAUGUUGUGAAGGUGGAAGGCAGUGACAAUGAACUCGAUGCCACUUUACAGGAGGAAGAGACAAAUCAAUGUGCAGAUGAAGGCAUUCCCAGCAGUGCUGAUUGUGAGGAGCAUCAGUUUUCAGAACUGCCUGCACUUCAGCAAGAUCCGAAAGGCAAACGACGUUUCAGAUGUGGAACCUGUCAGGAGAGCUUUCCAGAUCAUGUGACAUUUAUUAAACACAAGUUUACCCAACAUAAGCUGAUUACCAAAGAUAAGAAACGUUGCAGGAACCGAAAGCGGAAAUGUUUAUCUUCGUCUAGUUUUACAUGGGGUGAUAAUCUGUCAGAACUUGGACAGGUCAGCACAGAAGAUAAACCUUUCAAGUGUCUUGUGUGUGGGAAGGAAUUUAGAUGGAAACAUCACUUCACAGGUCACCAGAGGAUACAUACAGGAGAGAAACCAUUUAUGUGUGUAAUAUGUGGGAAAAGCUUUAGAUGGAAGGACAAACUCUCAAAUCAUCAAUGGGUGCACAUGGGUGAAACGCCAUUUAAGUGUAAUGAAUGUGGGAAUUGCUUUACAAGUAAUGCACAUCUUAAUGCCCACAAAUGGACUCACACAGGAUUGAGGCCUUUUAAGUGUAGUCAGUGUGAGAGGAGUUUUGCAAGGAAACAGAAUCUUGAAAGACACCACUGGGUUCACAUAAAAGAGAAACCUUUCAAGUGUGCAGAGUGUGGAAAAAGUUUCUUAUCUAAACAGGAUCUAGCCUUUCAUGAAAGAAAACACACAGGAUUUAAGCCUUAUGAAUGUACAGAGUGUGGGAAAUGUUUUAUAACAAAACCUUAUCUUGUCAGUCACCUACGAAGUCACACAAAAUUAAAGCCUCACAAGUGUAAUGAGUGCGGGAAGAGCUUCAGGACCUUCUCUUAUCUUGCUGGACAUCAACGAAUACACAGUGGACAGAAACCAUUUCAUUGCACAGUCUGUGGAAAGGAUUUUAGGUGGAAGAACCAACUAGCAGGCCAUGUUUUAAUUCACACAGGAGAGAAGCCAUUCAAAUGUAGUUUGUGUGAGAAGUAUUUUGCAACAAAAGCUUACCUUACUAAACAUGAGCGGAAUCACUCGGGAGUAAAGUCUUAUAAAUGUGCUGACUGUGGAGAGAGUUUCAUAGCUCAGUCCUCUCUUUACAGGCACCAAAAGAUUCACAAGGAAAAGGCAUUUAAAUGCACUGAAUGUGGGAAAAGUUUUAUAUGGAGGCACCAGCUCAUAGACCAUCAAGUAGUGCACACAGGGGAGAAGCCUUAUAAGUGUUCUAUUUGUGGCAAAGCUUAUAUAGGUAAAUCACAGCUGUCUAUACAUCAGCAAACCCACUCAGCCACUAAACUUGAAUGUAAUGAAUGUGGAAAGAGUUUUACAUCAAAACCUUAUCUUGCUAGGCACCAGUUAAUUCACUCAAAAGAGAAACGUUUUAAGUGUGCUAAUUGUGAAAAGAGUUUCUUGCAUAAGGAUAAGCUAGUAGACCAUGAGAGAAUUCACACAGGAGACAAGCCUUUUAAGUGUAUGGACUGUGGUAAGCAUUUUCGAAAGAAAAGUACACUCUCAUCCCAUCAAAAGAUACACUCAGAAGUAGUAGUAUCCAUAGUUUAAAACAUGAUUCUUUACAUGUUGCCAAUAAAAUCACCGGAGUUUGUCAUUGCACCCAUUCAAAAACAAAACAUGGGUACAUGUCUGAAAAAUAAGUGUAAUGCAAUUGCUACUGAUUUAUCAGUGCAACAGCCUUGUAGUACACUGUUGCAAGGGCAGCAAAGUAAGGAUGGAUUUUGAAUCGAUGAUUCAGAAAUACAGAUGACUACCUUGUAGUUGUACUUAAGCUCCAACAGUCUUGUAUGAAUGUCAGUCUAACAGAAAACAGGGUAGAGUAUUUGUGCAGCUUAGUUGAGUCACUCUGAUACUCUGUUCGCAGGCAGUGAAACUUAAUGCACGACAGGAUAUGGAUUAUUGAGGAUUUACCUGCAGUGCAUGUUGCCACAAAGUGCAGCUUGGUUAUUAGAUAUAUAAAAGUGGGUAAGCUGUCUAUAAAAUGUGCCCCAAAGUGACUUACUGUUACACACAAGUUGCUGAUGUUUUUUAAAAUAUAAAAAUUAAAUUUUAUUUUGUCUAGUCUAUCCAGUCUGACUAGUGGGAUAUGAGGUGUGUGUCUGAUCCAUUCUAGCCUUCUGUCAGUGCUUCUUGCGUCAGGCUGUUUCAGAAAAAAUACUCCCAUAGUUCCUCUGUGCUCUGAAUGCCUUCAGAGCUCAUUUUUUACCAUAAGCGCUCAGAUACAUAUUCAUGCUGAAAGCUACUUUAUUUUCCAUUUGUCGCUCUUCAGUAGCCAUUCAUUCAAAAAUGAUCAUUACUGCUUACAAUCCUAAUUACAGUUUGUACGUCGUUAUUUUCUUUCCCUUCCCGCAUUUGUUGUAUUUAGACAGGAGGUCUAGCAUAUUAUCUCUUCUACCCAUCUACCCUCAGUAUGUCUUUAAAAAAUUCUAACUUCAUUGUUAACUUCUGUUUUUCCUGACUAGUUUUUUUUUUUGGUUUGUGAUAAUUUGCUAUGUGUUGUACUUUCUGGUUAACUGUAAUUUGAUAUUAUUCUAGCAUGUUACUUCAGCUAAUGUUGUUUUCUAGUACUGACAUGUUUGUGUUUUUUUCUUCAGUGGGUUAGAGUUUCAGGAAAUGUGCACAGUACCUCCACAAGAUCCCCACCCUAGGAUGCCCACAAUCUCUAUUUAGUGUGCCUGGAGCUGCAUCACCUUGAUGUGAACUGUGCCAUCUCCAAGGCCUUUGGGCCUCAUGUAUUACUGACAAGAACAACAAAUUAAUUCUUAAGGGACUUUUUCCUCCUCACAAACCCCAAAAAUAAAGACUAAGGACAAAAAAGGAGAGGGAAAACAAAAAACAGGAAAAGAAAACCUGAAGAUUCAGGCUGUUAGCCUCAAAAGCACCAACACAGGAGCUGGCACAGCCUUCUUUGGCACAAGUCUCUGCAGGAAUCUCCUCCUUUAGCUAAAUCUUUCUUGGAACCAGUAGUUAUCUAAGAUAAAUCAUAGAUAAAAUCUUUGAGCAGACAUUCCUUGGAAAAGUUUUCCCUCAGCUAACUUCAGAAUUACAAACCCCUUCACUUCGGUCAGCCAGGUCCUUUGGGAAUGCUAUGGUUCUUGAUUGUGAAUGAAUGGGGAUGACUUUCCUCAAGAUACAGAUUUAAGACAGAUGUCCUCCUGUCCCCUCUGUGUAUAUGUAGCGCAGGUAGGAUUGGCCCACAAUCACCAUUGAUUGCUCCGUCCCUAGUCCAUGUUAUGGCAUUCGUGCUUCUGGAUCUGAAACAUUACCUGGAGCCUGUAUGUUUGGCACUGACCUGGUGCCUUUAGCUCAGCACCAGCACCCUCACAUCCAGUUUACUUAACGUUGAGACUUUCAUCAAUGUUGAUCAGCUGGUUCUGAAAUUGUCUGAUCUCCAGCACCAACUUCAGAGCCAUCCUCUUCAUAAGGUAUCAUCUGAACACAACAGUUUGGCUAUUGUCUGCCUCACUUCUGAGACGAUUCAGUCCAUCAGAGUGGCAACUUGGCUGUUAGAUCAGCGUACUCCACCAGGCUCACUCAUCCUCAUAGUUUGUUGGUUUGAUGACCUGUGCCAUAGUCUUGCUCUUUCACAUGUUUUUACGUGGUAAUAUUACAGUGGAUACUUGGUACUCAGUGGUCCCAACCUUCACAUCAUCUUUCAUCUCCUGUAUGUAUAAUCCAGCUGUGCAGACCUGAUUUUAACUGGUUAACCUCUCUGACAUUAACAGUGGCUUCUUUAUGCUUUCCUUUCAGUUUCCCUGAAAAUUAGUCUUUAUCAUACAAAGCUAUGGUAAUCUUCAUUGCCUCAUUCUGGCCCAGACAAAUCUAGUUACUGCUCAGGCCUCGCUUAAAGUAGCAUCCCUUACUUCUAAAUACACAUAUAGAUCUGCAAUACCAUCUGUAUGGGCUGCCUCAUUCAGAUGUACAGAACCUCAAGUUGACUGCAUGUCUUCUCCAGUUUCAUCCACGGCCAAGGUCUCUUUCUUAUCGCAAAAAAAGAUUCUACUUGUGGGUUAAUAAACAAGACCUAGAUCUUUUUUUAGCUUCUAUUCCAGUGUUUUUUGAGUUCAUGUCAAAUUUAUUUGAGGUUGGUUGUAGAAGUUCUUCGUGUUUCACUGUUGCAGUCAUCACAUUUGGGCUAUCCUUGCCAGGGUAGCAGUUGGCUGGCCCGAAUACCAGAGACUUAGUAUUUCUG